AUGAGACUUAAGUCAACAGUGAGGACUCAUCCUAACAACUUACGCCCUCCGUACGACGAGUUCGAGCCUGAGGUUCUCCGAGAGUCAUCUAUCAUGGAUGCAAGCUGCCAGUGUGGUGCCGUGACCUUCAAGACGCCUCUCCGGCACCCUCUCACCCUUUAUAUAUGUCAUUGCGCCGAAUGUCGGCGGCAGACGAGCUCGGCCUUUGGGGCAUCGGCCAUCUUUCCUCGGUUUCCGUUGCCCAGCAAGGCACUUCUGAGCUGCUACAAGAGACCAAACCCCAAUGGUGAAUUCCUAGAAUGUUAUUUCUGCAAGCAAUGCGGGACUCGUCUUAUUCAUUCCACGGCCGGUAAGAACUUCGUCUCUGUCAAAGGUGGAUGCAUCGAGGGACUGGACUGGUCGAAAGCAAUUCACAUCUGGACCAAGAGCGCCAUGGUGCCCAUCCCGGAAAACGCAACAAGCACGAAUGAGGAAUGCUCGGAGUUUGAUGCGUUCAGCUCGUCACAGGAAGCACUGGAUCAGCCAGAUCAUAUCGUAUGUGGGAGCACGGGAGAAAGGUUCUCAAGCACGUACAAUCGGUGA